AUGGAGGAAAGGAAGGGGCUUGCUGAGUCAGCAACCUCCAACUGUCUGAACCCCAGAAUAAGCGAAAAUAAGGAACGAACGAAGGAUGGAAAAAGGAACAAUGGAAGGAAAAAGGAACGAAGGAAGGAAAAAGGAACGAAGGAAGGAAAAAGGAACGAAGGAAGGAAAAAGGAACGAAGGAAGGAAAAAGGAACGAAGGAAGGAAAAAGGAACGACGGAAGGAAAAAGGAACGAAGGAAGGAAAAAGGAACGAAGGAAGGAAAAAGGAACGACGGAAGGAAAAAGGAACGACGGAAGGAAAAAGGAACGACGGGAGGAAUGAAGGGGGGGGGAGAGAGAGGGUUAAUUCAUCAACACAGCUGUGCCAGUGUUGAACGAAGGAAUGAAGGGGAGAGCCAACCGGGUUUGUUCGUUGGUUUGCAUGUUUGUAUGUUCCAAAGAGGAGGAGGCUACAACAGCAACGACGAACAGCAGACCUAG